AUGAUUGUUUCCCUUCUCUCUCUCUCUCUCUCUCUCCUUUUCCAGUCUUUCUUUUUCCUCCUUUUAACCCCCCCCUUGCCCAUCCUCUUUACCCCACCACUACCACUUCCCAAUCACACAGAACCACCGUACACUGUACGAAUGUAUCACUCUUUACUCGCCGCCACUUCUCAGAAUAAAACCCUCUCUAUCUCUUUUCUACACCUCUCUCUUCUUAAAACACCAUUACCGAUCAUUCACUAUCUCUUAUCACUCUCAUCGAAUACAUCCACUCUUCACUCGCUAUAUAAAUACACUGUAUUUUGUUUUUCUCUCUUUCUCUUGUUCCAACAUUGUGUUUCUCUGUUUAACUUCUCUUUCAAAUACACCUGUCUGUCAGUUUUUUCUGUCUCCUCCUCUAAAUACACCUGUAAUUUUUUCCCUGUAUUUGUUUAUCAGUCUCUCUCUCCCAUAUCUAUCUAUCUAUCUAUCGCUCCCACCUUAACUUCCUCUCUUUCCCUUUCUCUCUCUCUCCCUAAGUCCUUUAUUUUGUUCCGUCCACUACCUCUGUCUUUAAAUGUCUUGUGA